CUGCGACACUGCCUGCUGGGAUGGAUGGUGGGGAUGAUAAGGAGGAAGAAGAUAUCAUCUCUUCCUGAGCCACAAGUUUUCGAAAAAUAACCGACCUGACUGGCUGUAAACACUACGAUCCGUGAAACUAUCAAGGUGGUAACAGUCCGAUGAGUCGCAGUCGAAACCCCCCUCCCCGGGGUCAAGGGGCAGCACGAGCCAAACAGAUGGGGCUGCUCCUUGACCUGUCCCCGGAUGGAGGGAUGGAUGAUGACGGAAAUGAUGAAGAUCUGGAAGCAGAACUGCUGAAUCUGGUGGGAGGAGGUGGAGGGAAAACACAAGGGAAGAAAGGGGAUGGCAGGGCUCCUGUUCCCAUGGCCGAUAUAGAGCGAAUGGCAGCUCUUUGUAUGAAAGACCUGGAUGAUGAUGACAUGGAUGGUGAAGAUUUGGAUGAUGAUGAAGACCUGCUGGCAGAACUGAAUGAGGUUUUAGAGGAUGAUGAGGUUCAGACUCCUGCUCCGACCCCUCCUGCCGUCACACCGACUGCUCCCAAAGCAGGCGUCACCUCCCGCCCGUCUCCUCCUGCUGCUCCCAGCGGUGCAACUGGGUUAGAGUCUUGUCUAUUGGAGCGCGUUGAAAUGUAUAAGACAGCCAUCGCUAAUGCCAAGACUGCAGGGGAGACAAGCAAAGUCCGAAGAUAUGACCGUGGUUUAAAGACAUUGCAAUCCAUGUUGAUAUCUGUGAAGAAAGGAAAGCCUGUCAAUGAGGAGGAGAUCCCGCCUCCAGUUGCUCUCGGAGGAAAGUCCAACACCACAGCAGAGUCUGAACCGAUCAAAGAACGAGAAAUGCCGGAGCCUGCGCUGAUACCCUCUCCUCCCGCCAAUCAGAAACCUCUGAGGGAGGCGGCGCCUGCAGCUCCUAAUGCAAAGCCGCUGCAUCUGACCGUGCCACAAAAGCAUAAUGCUGCCAUAACCCCGGGAACACCUGCCAUCUCUCCCCUCACCCCCUGCCAGCCGAACACACAGCACUCAGAGCUGAAACAGGCAGUGCUGUCCAGACAGAGGGAGUAUAAGAUCGCUGCCAUACACGCCAAACAGGCCGGUGACAUAGGCCUGGCGAAACAGCACUACCACACUGCCAAGAAGAUGGAUGUGCUGGUGGAAUCUCUGGACCGAGCUGAACCAGUAGACCUGAGCUCACUACCGCCUCCUCCUGAAGACGUACUGGCAGCUCAAAGUGCACCUCCUCCUCCUCAAUCUUCCUUUAAACCUGCUGCCCCCGCUGCACCCGCUGCACCUGCACCAACCCAGGUGGCCACUGCCGAUCUCCCUGCUCCCAGCAGUUUGGGGGAAGCCCUGCAGCAGAGGAUGGACAUUUACAAGUCAGCAGCAGAGGGAGCCAAGAGCAAAGGAGACGAUCGCAAGGCUCGCAUGCACCAGCGCAUCGUCAAGCAAUACCAGGAUGCCAUCAGAGCUCACAAAGCUGGCCGCCCUGUCAGCUUGUCAGAUCUUCCUGUGCCACCAGGCUGUCCGCCACUUCAGGGCUCAGAGGGGGGUCAGCAGAACUUCCUGGGUGUCCUGGAAACGGCUAUGAAAAUAGCUAAUCAGGACACAGACGCAGAAGAUGAAGAAGAGGAUGGACCAAGAGAGGCUGCCAAGCCUGCAGUGCGUCCGCCUGCACAGAAAGCAAAGUCCCCGGCUCCUCAGCCCCCUGGAGGCUCCUCAGCCCCAAAACUGGGGACUAAAGCCCAGCAGCAAGUGGAUUUCCUGUUGCUAAGGCGACAGGCUUUUUUGCGUGCAGCUCUGCGCUCCAAACAGAUGAAGGACAUGACGGGAGCAGCGCAGCACCUCCGCCAUGCCAAGGGACUGGACCCCAUGAUCACUGCUGCAAAAUCAGGCCUGCCCGUCGAUAUCACUAAGAUUCCCAGUGCUCCAGUCAGCGAGGACGACUACUCUCUGGGUCGCUCCCGCACCUCCCCUCUCUCUCCCCGCUCCAGUGAGCAGUACCAUGGCCUCAUGGACCUUUUAAAGAAGCAGCAUGAGAAAUGUCUGGGAUACUCUCAACAGCUCAUACUGCUGGGCAAUGUGGCCGAAGCUCUGAAGUUUGAGAAGCUAGUUGAGGAGUGUAUGAAGUACAUCGAGAUAUUGAAGAACGCCCACGCCAAGGGCCAGCCGGUCCCCAAGUGCCGCACAGAGGAGAGGACCUUAAACACUGUCAAGGUCCACUCCAGCCUGACACUCAAUGACCUGAUACUGUACAUCAUCAAAGGCAUCAACCUCCCCGCUCCAACAGGUGUCUCAUCCAACGACCUGGAUGCCAGUGUGAAGUUUGAGUUUCCUUUUCCCAGUGCCGAGGAGGCUCAGAGGGACAAAACGGGCACAGUAAAGAGCACUAACAGCCCGGAGUUUAAAGAGACUUUCAAACUCAACAUCAACCGCACUCACCGAGGCUUCAAACGAGUUGUCCAGUCCAAAGGAAUCAAGUUUGAAAUCGUCCACAGGGGAGGCCUGUUUAAGACGGACAAAGUUAUAGGCACUGCUCAUCUGAAGUUAGAGGCUCUAGAAAACCACUGUGACCUCAGAGAGAUUAUAGAGGUGAUGGAUGGACGUAAAGCUACAGGUGGCAAGCUGGAGGUGAGGGUGAAGAUCAGAGAGCCUUUAUCAGGAGUCGAUCUGCAGCCGGUGACGGAGAAGUGGCUGGUUCUCGAUCCUGUGUCUUCCCUUUCUCCUCCAGAGAGACAAAAGGAGCGGGCUCCAUCUCCUCGCUCCAAACCCAGACAUGAAGCGAGCAGCAGGAGCAGUCAGCCCAGCAACUCUCCGCCGCAGUACAAACUUCACAGCUUCAGCAUCCUCAGCUACGACAGGGAGCGGCUGGAGAGAAAGAUUGGAGAGUACCGGAAGGCACGACGGGAUCCCCCAUCCGACCUCGUCCAUCAACACAAGGAGCUCACACACAGACUGCAGUGGCAGAAAGCCCAGCUGGAGCGAGGCUCUUCUAAUCUACUCACCGAGUAUGAAAAUGUGCUGCGGCGCUCCGUCCAAGGGUACGCGGAGUCUGUGAAGAAAUACUCCAGCCAAGGCAACAGGGACGCUGCCAAGGACGCACUUGGCCGGCUGAAGAUGGUCGAGAAUGAGCUGGAAUCCCUGAAAAGGAAACGCACGGGAUGAGAGGAGAGUAAGGGAGUGGAGGCUUGGCUGGAGUACUGUUACUUCAUCGCUCUCAUUCACACUCCUAUACAAACACUACAGCGGGUAUUACAGCACCUUUAGCAUGAUUCUAUGCUGCUCAUGUCCUUGACAACUGCAUGAAUCAACUGGCAAAAUUAAUCAUAUCAUUUGUGUCCCUUGUGGUUAGACGCCUGCAACGGAAAUUACAAACUAAUCUGUACCUACAAAGGGACACAGAAAUUAAAGCAAGCAUUAAAAUGUGUCAUCAGUUAAGGGAUAGGAGGAUUAUUUGCACUUAAACUCUAAAGAAAGCUGCUUGUAAAGCACGGCUUUACAGACAUUACCUGUGCCCUGUUAAUCUCAUUUUUCGGCUAAAAAAUUGUCAAUAAAGAGAUAUGUCAUCAGAUUUUUACAUUUGGCUGCAGCCCCAGAGAGUAUAUUGGUGUCCACAGAUGACCAAAAAAGGUGUGUGUGUGUGUGUUUGUGUUCUGACGUGUGUUUAACCAACAAACUGAGGUGUUCUUAACCCCUUUUCCCAUAUUUUAUGUGUGUAAUGAGCUUAAUCUAAUCUGUCUGCUCCAGUGUUCCCAGAUUACAGUAAUCUGCUCCAUUUGGAGUGGUGUGAUAUGGGAAUAAAAAAACGGGGCUUCGGGGCGCCGCAGCCUACAUCCCAUAAUGAGGGAUUAGUGUUUGUGUCACCAAGGAGACGAAUAGAUCAGACGUAGAGUCGCCUUUAGGGCUGGGGAGAGGGGGGUGUUAGCAAUGCACCAUGAAUGUGGUGAAAGCUUAGCUCUGCAAAAGAAUAUAUUCAUCUUCUUCUUCUUCUUCUUCUUCUUCUUCUUCUUCUUCUUCUUCAUCUUCAUCUUCAUCAUCAUCAGCUGAUUGUUCUUCGUUGUCUUCUUCUUCACUGUCUUCCCACAAAUUCCUUUGCAUUAAUUCAAAGAUUAUUUAGAGUCGCAAGUAAUAGUCCGCUCUGCUUGGAUUUUCUUCAAACUAUUAAACAAUGUUAUGUAAGCCCAUUAUGCCACCUAUUACAAAAUAAUUAACAGCUGCUGCGUCAGCAGUUUACUGAACAGUCCAACUGAGCUCUCCAGUGGCAGCACAGUGGCUGCUGAAUAGUCUGCACACAUCCAAUAUGUGUCGGUGAGACUGGGUUAUUGCUCAUAUCUAUUUCUGUUGCCCCAGACAUCCCUGUCAUAGGCAUCCUUGUCAUUCCUUUCUACUUUACACUUAUUUGUACCAAAAUUCAGAUGAACCCUGUAAAACUUUAUGAGAUGUGUGAUAAAUGCAGACACCUGGAAAUUAAUAAUAUUGCCACAACAACACUAGAUGUUAAAAUGUCUCAUAUCUGCUAUAAAUUCCCUGGACAGAUGUUUCCUCGGUGUGUUUGACAACUUGCUAACUGUUGAUCCACGCUGAGCGCAUUCAGCCAGGAUGUAGCGGACUACUUUAAACUAACUGUAUGUUUUUAUUAGACUCUUCAGAGUGGAUAUCUGUUAACUCCACUAAUAGUUUUUUUCGGUCACGUGACACCGCAGGAAUCAUGUGUUUACUGUAAUCCACCCACUGCCUCCACCCAUUAGCAAAUAAUCCUGGUUAAAGUUGAACUGAUAGGCCCUCCAUAGUCUCUGUUGAUUUUUAUGUAACACCCCUUCCCCCCAUUUUUAUUUGAAUCUGUCAGGAGAGGAUGUCGUCUGACGCUUAGUGAAUGCUUCGUUAUGCUUUUGAUUAGUGGAUAUUAGACGGACGGGGCGGUGGGGGGACAGUUGACUGCCUUAAGUCACAUGAUGAUGGCAUUUUGUUUAAUGCCAUCUUAAAGGACGAUAGCAGUGUGGGGGCAACUUUUAUCUCCUUAACUACUGUCAACGUUUUUCCUGACAAAUGAUUUUAUGCAACACACUUUCAGAGUUGAUAUAUUUUCCCUACAGUCAGGCAUGUGUUUGCGUUUAUUCCAUUGCAGUCGCAUAAAAAUCAGUUAGAGAUAAUGUGUUCAUGGAAAUCAAUGGCUUUCUGAAACCGAAUAGUUAAAUAGCCAAACAGCAAUGUUUUAAAACCCAAGGCUUCAAAUGUCUUGUUAUGUCAGAAUGACAAUGAAAAACAGACACUGAAUGUACUUGUAUAAAUACAAAGAAACAACAUAUUAUCAGCAGGGAGUUGUUUUGACCUAAACUGUUUAGACAGCAAAAGUAAUUCACACCUCUUAAACACAGCAACAUGUUUUUUCACUUAUAUUGAGCUGUGAUGAUAAUUAUCUGUGGCUUGUAAUAAAUGGGCUAAAACCAGCAGUUUGGUCCUGCAACAGAAUGAAGUUAUACUGAAUAUGAACACGUAGCUCUGAUAUAAACCCGGGUUCCUCUUUGAAUGUGAAUGAAUGUUUUAACACUUAAACCAAAACUGCAGCUGAACAGCCCUUUCUUUCACUCUAAAACCUUUAACCCCAUGUCCCCUCAAACACACACUCACACACACACACCUACCACAUCACCCCACUCCAGUAACCUCAUGGCCUCUGAGGCUGGGCAUGUUGUCAGGGCAACAUGCUCAUCAGCAUUCAGUGUGUUAGUUGGAUGUUCAGGAGCCGAGCAGAGGGACAUAUUGUUAAAGUUUGUCCUGCUGGUGACUCAUACUCCACACACACACACACUGCUUCUUGAUUUGUGUUGGUUUGUUGGCUCUUCUCUCUGUUUGAUCCUACUCUGUAAUCUGGAUGCACUGCCCUUAAGAAAAAGAAGAACGUUUGGUGUCAUUUGUUGUUAAUAUUUCUGUCCUGAUCUGCUGCAGUAAGUGUAAUUAUCUGAGCUUGGGGAAAAUAUAUUCUUGAACCUAUUACCUUUUUCUUCUGUUAAAUCAUGUAAGGGCAAUCAAUAUAAUGUAAUAUUUGUAUACAGUAAAUAUACAGCAUAAUAUGCUCUGUCUCUAUUUUUACUUGUAAGUCUAAGAUGUGUGCAGCUCAAACGGGGAAUGUAUGAAAGCCUGAUUAUUAAGGCUUUAUUAUCUUCUGAAUGAGGUUGGUGUUAAGAUGAAUAAAAUGGUGAAACAGCA